UGAUCUAGAGAGGUCGGGGGAUGCAGGGUGCGGGGAGAGGAGGAAUGUGGGGACAAGAGGGCGAUGGAGAUGCUGGGGGAACAGGCGUGGUUUCAGUAUCAGAGGGGCCCUCAACCUGCCACCCAGACAGGGCAGGGACUGCUGGGAGGUGAACCAGGCCGGAUUGUGGGUGUUCUUUUUCUCAGGUUUACCACGAUGAUCACGAGGGGCCACAAUUCAUGCUGGCAACGACUGCUGGUCAGUGGCAGCUUGUCGAAGUCAGGGAGUGAGGAUGUGAGCAGAAGAGGUGCUGUGGCCCUGAGACAUGCCAGCUGCCUGAGUAAUGGACACUCAGGGGUGAAAACUUUCAGGAUCACAGGAAGCAGGGGAUGGCAUUUGCAACCUGUAUCUACAACCAUUGAUUGCAACCAAAAGUUAAACCAUAGGAGCAUUAAUGGGUUGUAUUGUUUCUACACCAAUGUAAUGGGAUUGAGCACUGAAACCGUAGCUAUUCCAUCAUCUGAAAUCAGUGCAACUGAUCCAAACUAUCCAUUGGGAAGUGUGCAAGGCACUCCUCACUUAACAAUCUGUAACACAUCAAGUCAGUCCAUGAGAGAGAAGCUACACUUCCAAACUGAGGGAAGACUAUUGGCAGCCCACAGUUUGCUUGGCCUUUCCUCUCUGCCACUUGUGCAUGUUAACCCUGGCUGUUCAACUUUCCUGACCCACAGACUAUUUUCACAGUCUGCCUCAGACAGGAGCUCAGGGAGCCCUCAGAUCAGCUUGCGGUCCAAAUUCCUGGUGACAUGCCUUUUUGGCUGUGCAAUAAUGGGAUUAUGGUACUAUGUUCACUUGGAAAAGAAGCAGCAGGAAAAGGUGAAACGCCAGGAGCAGCUUCAGAAGUUAGCACUAGGUCAAGGUGAUUUCACUUUGCUGGAUCACACUGGAAAAUCUAGAACCAAAAAGGACUUCUUAGGCAAGUGGGUUCUGCUUUACUUUGGAUUCACCCAUUGCCCUGACAUCUGCCCAGAUGAGCUGGACAAGAUCUCAAGUGUGGUGCAGAUUUUAGACAUGGAUAGGGCACUGCCUCCAGUCCAACCCAUCUUUAUCACAGUGGAUCCAGACAGAGACGGAGUGGAGGAGAUGGCGAGGUAUAUCAAGGAUUUCCAUUCUCGUAUGAUAGGAUUGACUGGGACACCAGAGCAGAUCAAGGAUUUGGGGAAGGCAUUCCGAGUAUACUACAGUGCUGGCCCCAAGGAUGAAGAUAAUGACUACAUUGUCGAUCACACAAUCAUCAUUUACCUUCUAAAUCCAGAUGGGCUUUUCACCGAUUACUACAAUCGGAGCAAAAAUGACCAGGAAAUUGCUGAGAGUAUACGCAGCCACAUGAAAAACUAUGUCAAUUUCUUCAGUUGAUGAGUGGAGAUUCUUAGAGAAGAUUUGUGCUGGCAUCAGUUGCAGGAGUGUAAUUUGUUAAAGUACGUCUACCAGCCUCACUGUGAAAGAUGUAUUUUUGGCCCUUUGACCCUAUUGAUACUCUUAGCCAUUCACAUGAUUCUCAGGUGUUUUGCCAGCCCAACCACAAAUCAAUGAAAUUAGAGAGUUUGGCAGUAAUCUUUAGUUAUCAUGUUUAAUUAUGAUGUGGAGGUGCAAGUGUAGGAUUGGGGUGGACGUAGUCAAGAGUCACAUGACACUUGGUUAUAGUCCGGCAGAUUUGUUUGAAAUCACAAGCUGUCAAAGCACUGCUCCUUUGUCAGGUGAAGUGAAGAAAGGCACAGAAUUUAUAGGCAGAGAGAGAUCAAAUGAUCAGAAAAAUUGUGUGUGGAGUGUCAGCAGGCUGAACAGCAAGUGAAGGGGUGAUCUAUAAUCCGAUUAAUUGAGGCAGAGAGAUGAUUUCAAAUAAGUCUGUUGGACUUCAACCUGGUGUCGUGUGACUUCUGAAGUUUAAUUAUCUGGUGGGAUUGAAUAUCAGUCUGUGCGGGAUGAUUAAUUAUCCUUUAUUUCAUGCUUGUAGAAAAUCUGGAUGUCAACCUACAGUUCAAUGCAGGGUCCAUUCAGUAAUCUAAUCAGGCGUGAAUUGCUGUUUCCACACUGUUGCAAAAGUGUGUGUCUGUAUAUGUAUGUCUGGGAUGGUGGUGGUGAGUGAGUACCCCUCUAAUAAAUUUGACUGUAACUGUUUGGAAUGCCUUGAACCAAACCUUAAUUUUAAUAUGCCAACAUACUCCUUAACGUCCACGAACAAUUUAAGAAGAAAGAUAUUCAUUUAUGUAGUACCUUACGUUACCUUGGGUCAUCCCGCAGCUGAGGUUAAUUUUAAAUAUUCCAAUUAGAAAAUGCAGCAGCCAAUUUGCUUAUGUUAAGCUCUUACAAGAAGUGACAUGAUCAUAUCCAGAUAAUGUUUUUGAAUAAUAUUGAAGGAUAAAUACUGAUCAGGGACAGAUCUUUUGCAUUUCUAUGAAAUUGUCCGUCUGAUGAGGUGCCUGCUGCAAAAGAUGGCACUUCCAACAGUGCAGCUUUCCUGUACUAUGUAAAUAAUAAAUAGAAUCACAGUCUG